AUGCGUCUCAUUGCGUUGAUUGCAUUGUUUUAUUUGGCCAUCAUAAAACUAGUAGUUAAUGCGCAAGGUCCUGCACCCACAUCAAGUUCAGCAACAGUAGUACAAUCAACGGCAGCGCUAACAAGUAAUAACGCUGCUGCACAACCAACGCCCACGACAUCGUCGGGAGCACCUGCUUCUGGACCGUCGAUAGUCGCUACACCAGGUGGAGGGAUCAAUAAUAACUCAACAACAUCUAUUAUAACAGCCAUUUUAGGCGGGAGCAAUAAUCAAACGGCACCCUCUGGUAGUGGCGCUGCAAACAGUUUGGCAGGUUUACCUACAUCAGCCACAUUUGGCAACACCAUUUAUCCAGGAGCAGCAACAUUUUUGACGCCCACUGCCAGCAAAUCCGUUUUACCUCUAUACCGUAUUGAUAGUCGCGAAAAUGUCACUUUUGUCUGGCAAUUUACCGAUUUAAAAGUGCAACCGGCCAACCUAACAUUAGCAGCUGUGGCUCCUAAUAAAGUGACCUACACCAUUAGUGCCUUACCUGGUUUAGCGACCAGUGCAGUUUGGCAUAUCAAGGAUGUACCGACUGCUUCUCCAUUGAUGAUGGGAGACUAUCAAAUUCAACUCUAUGAUCAAAGAGGUGUGUCAGCUGUUCAACAACCGGGUUGGUUGGCACCUAAUACUCGAUUAACUAUCGCAUUUUAUUCACCAGAGUCUUACUCAGCCAUACCAUCCGGAUCCGACUAUUGCCCUUUAUGUUUUUAUAGUGGCGGAAGACGUCUAUCAGAAACGUUUGGACCUAUUGCUAUUGCCUUUGGUAUUGCCAGUGUAACUUCAGGCAUGAUUUUAUAUGGUUUGAUAUUUCAAUAGACAUAGCUUUUUAAAAGUGGUACCUUAAUGUAUAUACCAUUUCAAUAUCGAACAAUAUAUAUAUUUAUAUAUAUUAUCAUUCUAUAAUAUACAUCAAUUAACUUAUCACAAUUCCUUGAAAGACCAAAAUAUUUAUCAUAUCAUUAUGUCACAUACAUAUAUCUUGUGAUCGCCUAUUUGUUGAUAACAAAUAUAUGUGCAUUGUCUGUGUGUGGCUUCCCACGCCGCAUGUAACAUGUAUUUAU